AGAAGGGCGGCCGGCCUAGGGCGGCCUCGUAGGGGCCUCCCGCUGGCGGAUCUAGCGACGUCGGGGCCGGGAGCUGGCUAGCGGCGCGCCAAACCCUAGCUCGAAGUGGCUGGGACGAUGGGAGUGCGGUGUGGACGAAGCGUUCGUCAGAAAAUCCCCUGCUUUGCCUCGCUCGGUCGGCUGCCCAAGUGGCAUUCUGGCCGUAAAUAGGGUUGCCAAUAGGGGUAUUGGUUCAAAGCGAACCGUUUUGUUUUGAGGAAAUGGCUAGAAUUACGAGAAUUGCCAAGUUUCGGUGAUUCUAGAUUGCACUGCAAUUCUGUGAUAAUUUUGGAUGAUUCCUCAGGCAGAGUUGAGUUCUUUUGUCACUUUGAUUCUCCGAGCAGUAAUUCUUCACAAUUGAGUCAAAAAAAUUGGCCCUAAUGAGGGAACGAGCACACGAUCUUUAUUUUAGGAGCUUUGCUAGACACAUGGGGUUUUACUGGCCAAUCAGGAAUCAAUGGUUGUAAUUUAGUUAGGACCCUGAUAAGUGAGAUUUGGAUGUUACCCCGACAUGGAGUGUCCAUUACUUGACUUGGCAGCACAACCUUUUUAAUUACAUGUCCCCUUUAAAAAUUUGUGUGGGUCGGCUACCCAAAGAUCUUUUUUUAACACUGUACAACGAAGAUGUCCACAUACAUGCACAUGCACAUUCGUAGUCGGAAGGAACAACUUCUCCCAGUGAACGAACAUUGCCGGAAAGACUGAACCAAGUCUAGGACUUGAACCUUGACGACUGGUUCCACCACAUAGAACCUAACCAUCUGAGCUACACUCAGUUCGAUGCUACCAAAGACUACUAAAGAUCUGAUAAUGUUAAAUUGAUAAACGCAACAGUUAUCAGUAACAAACACCUUCAAGACAAGAUGAUGAAUUGCUGCUUCAUCGUUGGAAGAAGAACAAAAGCAACAACAAAAUAAACUGCCACUAGCCAUUAAGGUAGAUUGAAGCGGCCGGCGACCAUAUUUAUGUAGCCAUAUUAGUCAUGUAUAUGCUGGUGAGCAGACUAACUUGAUAAAGAUGGUUAUGCUUACUUAUUAGACACCAUGAUAACCCUUUAGUUCUCUUUUUUCCGAUGGAUGGCCUUAUAGGUUAGCUGCUGAAUUCUUCCCAACGAAGUAAUCCAGGGGUGAUCAGAAGAUCUACAAAGAGAUUUUUUUUCCUUCAUAUAAUGGUUUUUAGCCCACAAAGUAAACCCAGCGAUUCCUUUCAUGGAUAUUUUCUUCAAGGGGCCACGUGGUCAAUCAAAAUAGAAAAUAGGAAAUCAACUCUUGACUGUAAUUAGUCUUACAUUUUUCCGAGACUACACUCUUCUUGCACAGCACUAUUUUUUAUAGUACCCCACAUAGUGAAUCUAUUGACUUCCUUUCGUCGCAACUGUAUUUUAUUCGGACGGAUUACGUCCAGAACUAAAAUGUAACACAGCACACGAGAAUGUCAAAAGGAGAAAUGCUGAGAAAGUCACCAAGUCGGAAGAACUCCAUCCAUCAACCACCACGCUCGCAGCGCCCAUAAGUAGAGGGGCUGCCGGUGAUGGAUGAGGCAGAGUUCGUAGAGCCGAGCGCAAACCAGACACCAGCGCCGGAGGUUGCCAUGGACACCUUCUUCCUGUCGCACGGCGCGCCCACGCUCUGCAUCGACGAGACGAUCCCGGCGCGGAGCUUCUUCCAGUCGUGGCUGCCGGCGGCGAUCGCGGGCACGCAGGCGCCGCGCGCCAUCCUGGCGGUGUCGGCUCACUGGGAGACGGACGCCCCGGCGGUCAACGUCGUCCGCGGCACCAACGACACCAUCCACGACUUCCAUGGCUUCCCAGAGCAGAUGUACAAGCUGACGUACCCUGCGCCCGGCGCGCCUGACCUGGCCGAGAGGACCAAGAAGCUCCUGGAGGACGCGGGGUUCGGGCCGGUGAGCGAGGAGCACGGCCGCGGGCUGGACCACGGCGCCUGGGUGCCGCUGAUGCUCAUGUACCCCGACGCCGACAUCCCGGUGUGCCAGCUCUCCGUGCAGACGGAGAGGGACGCCACGUACCACUACGACGUCGGCAGGGCGCUGGCUCCGCUCCGGGACGACGGCGUGCUCAUCAUCGGCUCCGGCACCGCCACGCACAACCUCGCCAAGAUGGGGCCUCACGACGCGCCGCCGCCGCAGUGGGCCUCCGACUUCGACACCUGGCUCAAGGAUUCGCUCAUAGACGGGAGGUACGAGGACGUGAAGCGAUACAAGGAGAAAGCGCCCCAGGCUGAGGUGGCGCACCCUUCGCCGCACCAUUUCUACCCGUUGCACGUCGCGCUUGGCGCCGCCAGGGAGGAGUCCAGGGCGGAGCUGAUCCACCAUAGUUGGACCAACACCAGCAUCUCCUACUCUUCAUACCGUUUCACCACGAAGAUAUAACGGCCUUGAGUUAUCUCGUUUGUAAUAAAAUUGGUUGAGGCCAUGAGGAACUGAACUGUUUGUGUGUGUGUGACUGUAUUAUCUUCUACAAUAAGAAAAUUGGUUAUC